AUGGAGAGCAUUAUUCGUACUGGCCUAAUUAAAGCUAUGGAGAACUGUGAUUCUGGAACGAAUUCCUCGAUUAGUAAUGAGCUAGUCCUGGUGCGCUGUGUUUCCAAUUGCCUCAGGCUGAAAAGAGCCCAUACCAAUGGAGUGGAUAGGACUCUAAAUCAAGGGGUAGCGGACCAUGUUUUCCAGCUGAACCAGCCGCUGGGACGUGCAAAACCCCCACAGCGCAAGGACCGCUCUUACCUCUUUCACGUCACUAUGCUAAAAUCAAGCUACUAUACAUGGCCAGUGAAGAAGGCGUGA